GUCCUGUCCCAGGAGCUAAGGUGGGAGUCCCAGGUGUGCUCUUCAGAACUCGGGGUGGAAUUUAGUGCUAGCUAGCCCUCCCAUAUCUCGGCUAGUGCCCCGUAAGAGAACUGAUUUUCGUGAAUGAAUGGAGGAGGUAAUAUUUGGCCACGGGAGGUGGGCUGAGAAGCCUGUUUUCCCCACUUCCGACUGGGGCAAGAAGUGACUUUUUUUACUCCAGUUGAUUCAGUAAGUAAUGGUAUAGUGAAGGGAUGGCCUUAUUGGGUAAAAGCCACAUUUUAAAAGAAUAUGCUUAACUGGUGUUAUCUCUAACUCAAAAAGUACUCUUAGAUCCUGCUGAUAAAUGGAGAACUAAAGUUUGGAGUGGUAGGCCACUCACCUGUCAGCAGGACUGGGAGGGGGGAAAAACGGAAGUGCUCCCAGGUCCCCGGCGCCUCCCUGCUCCACUGUUCUGCUCUUGAGAGAUGUACUACUUUGUCCUCAAGCGGCCCAAGGAUCAUGACUAUGUCUUUCUUCAUGACUGCCCUUGCCUACUUAAAUUUUCUGGGUUGUUACACCUCAAUAAGCUUCAGGUAGGCAAAGGAUUAGCUCUUUUGCUCCAGUAUCUACUUCAUUAGUUAAUUUCGUUAAAAAAAUUACAUUGUGUUUUUCUGUACGCUUCGCGAAUUUGCAUGUCAUCCUUCUUUGCACAGAGGCUAUGCUAAUCUGUAACAUUCCAAUUUUAGUAUAUGUGCUGUCAAAGCGAGCACUCUUGUGGGUUUUUCAUAUCCUUCUGACAACUGUCAAAUAGUACUGGAAAAGAAAUGUGGGGAAAUGUGGUAGAGGCUUCUGGAACCUAACCUAUCAGGCAUUCAUUUUGUCUGGCUUUCCUCGUUUUGUCUCUGGGGGAGAAGUUCACCUCACACUCAGUCUACCUUCCAUUUGCACACAUACUGUACUCCUAAUUACCCUCUGAAUGGGGUUAGGGAGACAGCUAGGAGACAUCGACAAAGGCGCAUCUGGUUCUGGCUGGGCGUUCCCCAAAACAUCACACACUCAAAAGUCCCCACGAACCACCAAACGCCUAUGUCUCAACGAAGAGCUGCAGUCAGGUCGGAGAGAGGCUGAGAAAACGAGAUGCUGGGAGGACUGGCCGGCUAGAAAGGCCAAGAGAGUCCGCCACCUCUUCGGUCACGUGAUCCGGUAUUGGCGGGGCCAGACUCUCCACCUUGCCAGGCCACGUGCGAUGGUUGUUCCUUCUAAUUGGCUCCGCUGGCUCACCUUGCACCAUGGACUGGCAGCCAGAUGAGCAGGGCCUGCAGCAGGUCCUGCAGCUGCUCAAAGACUCGCAGUCACCCAACACAGCUACCCAGCGCAUCGUGCAGGAUAAACUCAAACAACUGAACCAGUUUCCAGACUUCAACAACUACCUGAUCUUCGUCUUGACCAGACUCAAGUCAGAAGAUGAGCCGACUCGCUCACUCAGUGGCCUCAUCCUCAAGAACAACGUGAAGGCACAUUACCAGAGCUUUCCGCCACCGGUGGCUGACUUCAUCAAACAGGAAUGUCUCAACAACAUUGGUGAUGCCUCCUCGCUCAUCCGAGCCACCAUAGGUAUUCUCAUCACCACCAUCGCUUCUAAGGGUGAGCUACAGAUGUGGCCCGAGCUGCUGCCCCAGCUGUGCAACCUGCUCAACUCGGAGGACUACAACACUUGUGAGGGAGCCUUUGGAGCCUUGCAGAAAAUCUGUGAAGACUCCUCUGAGCUUCUGGAUAGUGAUGCCCUCAACCGACCCCUCAACAUUAUGAUCCCCAAGUUUCUGCAGUUCUUCAAGCACUGUAGCCCCAAGAUCCGGUCCCAUGCCAUUGCCUGUGUGAAUCAGUUCAUCAUGGACCGGGCCCAGGCACUGAUGGACAACAUUGAUACCUUCAUUGAGCACCUGUUUGCCCUGGCUGUGGAUGAUGACCCUGAAGUACGGAAGAAUGUCUGCCGAGCCCUGGUGAUGCUGUUGGAAGUGCGGAUUGAUCGGCUCAUCCCCCACAUGCACAGCAUCAUCCAGUACAUGCUGCAGAGGACCCAGGACCAUGAUGAGAAUGUUGCCCUUGAGGCCUGUGAAUUCUGGCUGACGCUGGCCGAGCAGCCCAUAUGCAAGGAAGUCCUGGCUUCCCACCUGGUCCAGUUGAUUCCUAUACUGGUAAAUGGGAUGAAGUACUCAGAAAUUGACAUCAUCUUGCUGAAGGGGGAUGUGGAGGAGGACGAGGCAGUCCCUGACAGUGAGCAGGACAUCAAACCUCGCUUUCACAAGUCUCGCACAGUGACACUGCCCCAUGAGGCUGAGCGGCCUGAUGGCUCUGAAGAUGCUGAGGAUGAUGAUGAUGAUGAUGCUUUGUCCGACUGGAAUCUCAGAAAGUGCUCAGCAGCUGCUCUGGAUGUUCUGGCCAACGUCUUCCGGGAGGAACUUCUACCCCACCUGCUCCCCCUGCUCAAAGGUCUCCUCUUCCACCCUGAGUGGGUAGUCAAGGAGUCAGGCAUCCUGGUGCUGGGCGCCAUUGCUGAGGGUUGCAUGCAGGGCAUGGUGCCCUACCUGCCUGAGUUGAUCCCACACCUCAUCCAGUGCCUGUCAGACAAGAAGGCCCUGGUCCGCUCCAUUGCCUGCUGGACGCUAAGCCGCUAUGCCCACUGGGUGGUCAGCCAGCCGCCAGACAUGCACCUCAAGCCCCUGAUGACAGAGUUGCUGAAGCGCAUCCUGGAUGGCAACAAGAGGGUGCAGGAGGCAGCCUGCAGUGCCUUUGCCACCUUGGAGGAGGAGGCCUGCACAGAGCUGGUACCCUACCUCAGCUACAUCCUGGACACCCUUGUCUUUGCCUUUGGCAAGUACCAGCACAAGAACCUUCUCAUCCUCUAUGAUGCCAUUGGUACCUUGGCUGACUCUGUGGGCCACCACCUCAACCAGCCGGAAUAUAUCCAAAAGCUGAUGCCUCCACUAAUCCAGAAAUGGAACGAGCUCAAGGAUGAAGAUAAGGACCUCUUCCCUUUGCUGGAGUGUCUGUCAUCUGUGGCCACCGCCCUGCAGAGUGGCUUCCUGCCCUACUGUGAGCCUGUCUACCAGCGCUGCGUCACCCUGGUGCAGAAGACAUUGGCCCAGGCCAUGAUGUACACUCAGCACCCUGAGCAGUAUGAGGCCCCUGACAAGGACUUCAUGAUUGUGGCAUUGGAUCUGCUCAGCGGCCUGGCGGAGGGCCUAGGUGGCCACGUGGAGCAGCUAGUGGCCCGCAGCAACAUUAUGACACUGCUCUUCCAGUGCAUGCAGGAUUCGAUGCCUGAGGUCCGACAGAGUUCCUUCGCCCUCUUGGGAGACCUCACCAAAGCCUGCUUCAUCCAUGUCAAGCCCUGUAUCGCUGAGUUCAUGCCCAUCUUGGGCACCAACCUAAACCCUGAAUUCAUCUCUGUUUGCAACAAUGCCACCUGGGCCAUUGGUGAGAUCUGCAUGCAGAUGGGGGCAGAGAUGCAGCCCUAUGUGCAGAUGGUCCUCAACAAUCUGGUGGAGAUCAUUAACCGGCCCAACACGCCGAAGACGCUGUUGGAAAACACAGGUCGCCUGACGAGUUCCUCUGCCAUUCCAGCCAUCACCAUUGGCCGCCUGGGCUACGUGUGCCCACAGGAGGUGGCACCCAUGCUGCAGCAGUUCAUCCGGCCUUGGUGCACCUCCCUCAGGAACAUCAGAGACAAUGAGGAGAAGGACUCAGCCUUCCGAGGCAUUUGCAUGAUGAUAGGCGUCAACCCUGGGGGUGUUGUGCAGGACUUUAUUUUCUUCUGCGAUGCUGUAGCCUCCUGGGUGAGCCCGAAGGAUGACCUUCGGGACAUGUUUUAUAAGAUUCUUCAUGGUUUCAAAGACCAAGUCGGGGAGGAGAAUUGGCAGCAGUUCUCGGAGCAGUUCCCACCACUGCUCAAGGAGAGGCUGGCCGCCUUCUACGGGGUCUAGAGGAGCAUGGGGGACCAUCAGGUUUCUGUGUCCUCGUAGGAGGGGUUGCUGGGGAUCGCACUGCGUCCAGAAGUCGUCGAGCCCUGGUCAAGGGGGGUUAGGGAGGAGUGAACGGGACCCAAAUCCAGAUGCCUUGUCUGUCCAUCUACCUGCCUGGCCCAGCCUAUGCGGAUGGGCAGGUGGGUGGGGCCUCCAUGCUCACCUACUAAUGGGAGGGGGGGUGGGACUUCUUGGCAGCAAGGGCCCCUUGCUCUCAUUGGGGGUCACCUCAGGCAGCCCAUUUGGACCAGCCAAAUGGGAGGGAAGAAUCAACACAGCCAAUUGAAUCUGGCUUAGGAUGAGGCAAGGGGAAGGCAGGCAGGGAGGGGGGUCCUUGUAGACACGUACACUCACACAUAAACACGUGGUCACACGCAUGUGUGGGCGCUGCAGCCAGUCAGACUGGGCCAGCUGCCCCACCAUUUCCCUGACUGCAUGGAGACAGUAGAAUUAGUGAACCCCUGAGUUAACCUGUAAGGCCUUCCGUGUAACCUGCAUCUAGAGUUUAAGAAGCUUCUGCUGUUUUGCCGGAAUUGACGGUGAUUGGGGAGGGCUGGGUGGGUUGGGGGCCUCCGCAGGGACCCUGGGGCGGGGUGGGGGGAAGAGAUCAGCCAUCUUGGGGCUACCCAGUCAGCACGUGCACGCUUUGGAUCUGCUCAGCACACUUCCUGUCAGCUCUGGCAGCCUCAGCCAAUGUGUCCCCUUCAAUGUCCUGCCCAGAAGAGGGGAUAUCCAGAGUGGCUGAGUCUGCCCAGAGGGCACACUCCCUCCCCUGUUCUCCAGUGGUAUUUCAAGACCCUCAGUGGGGACGUUUUUCCCAAAGAGACCUUGGGGUGGCCACCUAAGCUGCUGAUACCUACUCUGUGUCUUCAGCAAUUCUGUUUCAAGGGCAAUCCAUUUCUCUGCCUCUGGGAGCCCCCUUCUCAAAUUCCAGGCCUAAGUUUUAACAUGAGAGUCAAGACAGGGUUAUUUAGUGAUUAACGGCAGAAGACUAAGGUGUAAUUUUGCCGUGAAGGUGGAAACUGAGGGACUGAGGGCUUGGAAAAGGGGAAAAGGUCAUGUAUCUACUGAACCCCAACUCUGUGGUCCUGGGACUUUGUUCAUCCUAGCUUGCAAUGAGUCCCAACACCUCACUAGAUUGGGGCAAUGAAUCUAGAGAACCUUUGGGAUUGGUUGGGGGGAGUCAGUCCUGAUGGGAGAAGGUCCCCUAGAGAGGGAGGGGCUAUGGCUACUUUGCAGUUGGCCUUGAAACCUGAUCCUGUAGCUCUCCUAAUGUUUUCCUUUUUCUCCUAUUUUCUACUUUGUGGGGCACUUUUGGAGUCUUGGGGGGAGUUGUUGGGGGUCCCGUUUUCUGGGGCCUUCUCCAGCCAUCUUCUGGGGCCCUGGAUUCCACCCCUAUCAGCCCUGUAUGUUCUCAGACAGAGUCAGACCCUGCUUCUGUGCCCAGAGGCACUUGGCACACAUUCCAUAAGCAUAAUUUUCUCCCCCAUGAAAGUCCAGCAGGUCUCUGGGAACCAUUUGUUUAAAAAAACAAAAAACAAAAAAAAACAAAAAAAAAAACCUUUAAUUUUCUGGUAACUUCCAGUUCUUUGGCACAUCCUCUGCUGGGACUUGGGGUGUGUGGAUGGGUCUGAUGGGAUUGGUAAUACCCUUUCUUCACCCAGGAUUGCGGUUCGGGGGUUCAAGCCACCUUCAGGGAAUGGAAGGGGGGAGCCUGGUUCUAGGUUUUUUGUUUUUAAAGAGAACUAUUUAAUUUUUUAAUUUAUUUUUGGUUGAUUUUUGCACAAUGAAGUUUCAACUUCUCAAUCUUCUUUCCUGCCCAGGGCUGCAGAUCCUGACUGGCCUGGAUCUGCAGUCCCUCUUACCCUGUUUACCACAUCUCUCCUUACCCUUUCUCCUCUUCCAUGGGCUCCAGGGUCUGUCCAUUUGUUACUGUGCUGUGCUGGUGAUUGGCGCCGAGGUGGCGUGAUAAGAUUCCACUUGUGUAGAACAUUGUUGAGUAAAGAUCAGUUUCUUGUGAAA